UAAUCUUAUUUUUUAAUUACUUUAUACUUAAAGAAUUUUUACUACAUGCAGGAGUGACAUAUGGCGGAACUGAGCAUUAGUGACAACAGUGGGCUGACAUCGCUGGAGUGUCUGUCGGGAGAGCACCCCCCAUCGCUGGAAUACCUUUAUCUUCAAAGCUGCAGUACCCUGGCAUCCCUGCCGAAUGAGCCGCAAGUAUACAGGUCUCUCUACUUUGUUAGAAUUAGAGGCUGCCCUGCUAUAAAGAAGCUCCCUAGAUGCCUGCAGCAGCAACUGGGCAGCAUCGAUGACGAGAGCAAAGAACUAGAUGCCCGUUAUGAAGUAAUGGCAUUGAAACCGAAGACAUGGAAGGAGAUACAAAGACUGGUCCGUGAGCGGAGGCGGACCGCUCGACAAGGCAGGGAAUGAACGCCGGCAAUCCACCAUUGAGGAGUAAACAGGGCAGGGAAGCAUGCAUUCUUUUAGCUUCAAACAAUGUACUUCUAUGUUAUGUCAUGACUGGUUCAACGUUGACCUUUUUAUCUUGUUCAGAUUCAGAUACUUGUAAUGUGGAUUAAUUCAUCUCCUUUUGAACAUUUCCUGGGUUUACUAGAAUUCGGGACGUGUGCUGAUGUUUGUGAGCUAUCUAUGUAUGCAUCAAGUAGCUAGGAGUAACAGCUAUUUGGUUGAGGAGACAUUGGCGUUCCUUCAACUGGUUCAGAAACUUUGCAAACUGUGGUUUUUAUCAGCUCUGAUUUGAUGAUUUCAAUAAUAGAUACUGGAGUAGUUAAUUACC